AUGGUUGAGAGAUAUGGAAUUGGCUACAAACCCCCUUCUUACCAUGAGUUAAGAGAAACCCAAUUAAAAAAAGCAGUGAACAAUGUUGAUGAAAUGCUUACUGAAUUUAAAGCAGAGUGGAAGAGAACUGGUUGUUCAAUCAUGUCAGAUGGAUGGACUGAUAAAAAAAGGCGUAGUAUUUGUAAUUUCUUGGUGAACAGCCCUAAAGGAACAGUUUUUCUUUAUUCAUUGGACACUUCUGACAUCUCGAAAACAACGGAUAAAGUUGUCAAAAUGCUAGAAGAUGCCAUAGAAUUUGUUGGUGAAGAGAAUGUAGUCCAAAUUGUUACAGAUAAUGCUGCUAAUUAUAAGGCUGCUGGAGAAAGAAUGAUGGAGACUAGAAAAAGUUUGUAUUGGACACCAUGUGCUGCACACUGCAUAGAUUUGAUAUUGGAGGAUUUUGAAAAGAAGCUAAAGGUGCAUGAAACAACCAUAAAAAAGGGACGAAAAAUCACCACUUUUAUCUACUCUCGGAGUAUGCUCAUUAGCAUGUUGAGGAAUUUUACAAAGGGAAAGGACUUGGUUCGGCCAAGUGCCACAAGAUUCGCCACUGCCUAUUUGACUCUCACUUGUCUUCAUGAUAAUAAAGGACCAUUGAUGACUAUGUUUACUUCUGCUGAUUGGAAGACAACUAAGGUUGCAUCAACGCCUGAAGGAAUAAGAGUCCAAAACAUGGCCUUGGAUAGUAGGCUAUGGAAGAAUAUUGUCAUAUGCCUCAAGGCUGCUGCUCCUCUCAUUACAGUCCUUCGCUUGGUUGAUUCAGAUGAAAAACCAGCCAUGGGUUUCAUCUUUGAAGGCAUGAGAAACGCCAAAGAAACAAUCAAGACUAACUUCGGUUGUGUUAAAAAAAGGUGGAAAAUUCAAUUGCAUAGACCAUUGCAUGCAGAUGCGUAUUAUCUUAAUCCUCAUUAUCACUAUGAACCAAAUUUCAUGGUUGAUGAUGCUGACAUUAAGAUUGGUCUAUAUAGUUGUUUGAAAAAAUUGGUUCCUAACCAGGAAGAAAGGAAAAAGGUUGGUCUACAGCUUCCUGACUUUCAUUAUGCUAGAGGCCUCUUUGGUAAUGAAACUGCAAAGAGUAGUAGGAAGACCAUGCUACCUGCUGAGUGGUGGGACUUCUAUAGAGAUAGUUGUCCAGAACUAAAGAAGUUUGCUAUCCGAGUUCUAAGCUUAACUUGUAGUUCAUCUGGUUAUGAGCGUAAUUGGAGUGCAUUUAAAAUGGUUCAUACAAAGAGAAGAAAUCGGUUGCAUCAAAAGAAAAUGAAUGAUUUAGUGUAUGUGAUGUAUAAUUUGAAGUUAAAGGGCAAGCAAAUUAGAAAAACUCCAGAACUUGAAUUUGAUGCAGUGCAUUCUGAUGAUGAGUGGAUAACUGAGGAUGUUAAUGAAAAUAUUGCUGAAAGUGUUGAGCAUUCUCACUUGCCAAUGAAUGACAAUACUAAUGAUGAUCCAAAUAGUAAUGAAUUUGCUAUUCCAGGUAUGAAUAGUAACGAAUUCAACAUGGGUAAGGGAGGUGAGAAUGAGUUUAUUGGGGAUUCACAACAAAAUUUAAUCGAGGAAGAAGAUGAACAUGUGAAUGAUGAUGAAGAUUUUGUUGGCCGUGUUGAACCUGAGGCUGAAAGAAAUGAUGUUUCUGAUGAAGAUGGUGAAGAUGAUGAUGCCUUGGAAAAUUUUGUUAACGAGCCUUUGGUGAGUGGCUCCGGCGUUUUUAAGGCCGAAGGGCAUGACUGUGUAGCAGUACGUGCCGUCAGGAGUGAUGAAGGCCGUUUUCUCCUCGUCAGGUUGGUGCAUGGGUAUUUGGUUGUACCCGGAAUACGCAUCCAUGAAGCUGAGGUAUUGUGGCCGGACGCAGCGUCUACUAGCCCGUCAAUAUUUGGUAGGGGGAAGGCAUCUUUUGGGCAGGCUUUAUUUAGGUCCGUGUAG